AUGGAGCAAUCAGUUGUUGAGGGCCUACUCAACCUCCGCCUCACCAAGGAGGAAGAGGAAGAAAUACCCAUCACAUCCAAGAGUAGAGCGGAUCUGCUGGAGGAAUGCUCGCUGAGCCUUUUUGGGCAUCUUCUCACUGAUAGGCAUCAGAACCAGAGGGCUUUAAAAAACACAUUGAGAUCAACUUGGAAAAUGGGUUCAGACUUGCAAAUCGUGGAGGUAGAAAACAACAUUUUGCAGUUCAAGUUCAACUCCGAAUACCAACUACAAUGGGUUGAACAAAAUGGGCCCUGGAACUUCGAAAACAACUUGCUGUUAUUGUGCAGAUGGAGGAAAGAUUUAUCCGCCUCGAACAUUGUUUUCUCCCAUUCUCCUUUCUGGGUUCAGAUUUGGGGGCUACCAUUUGAGCACAUGUCCAUAGAAGUGGGCAGAGAGCUUGGUAAUAGUCUAGGGAGAUUCACUGAAUCAAACCGUAGAACGGGGCAUUCAGACCAAGCAAAAUUUAUGAGGAUAAGGGUGGACCUCCAACUAGACAAGCCACUCAGACGAGGAGGAAGAGUAGCAAGUGUCGACAGUGAGAAAUUUUGGGUUAGCUUCAAAUAUGAGAGGCUACCCAUUUUUUGCUUUCACUAUGGCCGAUUGGGGCAUGAUGACAAACAUUGUUUGGAGUGCAUCGACCACUAG